CUGCGGCGGGGCGGCGCGCAGCCGCGAUGGUGGCGGCGUGAGCGCGGCGGGCCGGCGGCAGGCACCGUCCCCACUGGGCGCGGCGGCGGCGGGCCGGGCCGGGUAUGGAAGUGGAGAAGAUGGAUGAGAAUGAAUGGAAGUACCACGGGGAAGGCAACCAGAGCCUCGUCGUUUCCCACUGCCAGCGCUGUGUGGUGCUGCGGUUUUUGAAGUCCCCCCCCAACCAGAAUAAGACUUCUGAGGAAAUACUACACCAUCUGCAAAACAUUGUAGACUUUGGAAAACAUGUCAUGAAGCAGUUCUUUGGGGAGAACUAUGUUCACCAUGGGGAAAUUAUUCAACUGCCUUUAGACUUCGUAAGACAGCUCUGUGUAAAGAUUCAGCCAGAGAGGCCAGAGUCUCGCUGUGAUAAAGAUAUGGACACUCUCAGUGGUUAUGCAAUGUGCCUUCCUAAUCUCACCAGGCUGCAGACCUAUCGUUUUGUGGAGCACCGGCCUAUCCUCUGCAUAGAGAUUAAGCCAAAGUGUGGCUUCAUUCCUUUUUCCAGCCAUAUUUCACAGGAGAUAAAGCACAAAGUGUGUCGUUACUGUAUGCAUCAGCAUCUUAAGGUAGCGAACGGAAAAUGGAAGCGACCAAGUAAAUAUUGCCCACUGGAUCUGUUCUCAGGAAAUAAACAGAGAAUGCACUUUGCUUUGAAGAGCUUAUUACAGGAGGCACAGAACAACUUGAAAAUAUUUAAGAACGGGGAACUAAUUUAUGGCUGUAAAGAUGACCAGGACUGUGUGUCUGACUGGAACGAACUUGCUUGUCACUUAAAACCUUUCUUUUUUCCUUCCAAUGGGCUGGUCAGUGGACCACACUGUACAAGGACAAUUGUUAAAGAACUAAUCCAUGUUAUAACUAUGACGCUACUAAGUAGUACCGAUGCCUGCAGGGCAGGUGAUAUGAAGACAGUUCCCGUUUCACAAGGAAGAAGCUACUGUGAAGCAAGUGCUUUUAAUAAGGAGCUAGUAAGAAAUGGUAAACAUAAAUUGGAAAGCUCUGGCUUACCGAGGGGUUGUCUCCUUUAUAAAACCCUUCAGGCUCAGAUGCUUGACAUGCUGGAUAUUGAAGGACUCUAUCCUUUGUACAGUAGAAUUGAACAGUACUUAGAGGAAUUUCCUGAAGAAAGAAGUACAUUACAGAUAGAUGGACCUUACAAUGAAGCAUUUUACGAGAAGCUGCUAGAUCUUUCGACUGAAGAUGAUGGGACAGUAGCAUUUGCAUUAACAAAGGUGCAGCAGUACAGAAUAGCAAUGACUGCUAAGGACUGCUCCAUCAUGAUUGCCCUUUCACCCUGUCUACAAGAUGAGUGCUCUGAGCAAAGACCUGUGGUACUGACAUCCAAAUCAAGAUUCACCUUUUCCGUUUCUGUCCUGGACCUCGAUCUAAAACCCUACGAAAGCAUUCCGCAUCAGUACAAACUUGAUGGCAAGAUAGUGAACUAUUAUUUGAAGAAUGUACAGGCCAAAGAUGACCCAGUUAUGUCCAAUCUCUUCAAGGAAAAUGAAGACUGCACAUUAGUUCUCCACAAAGUGUAACCGUUUCCUUAAGGUUAUUUUUAUUCAAACACAUUAGAAAGUGAAAGAUUAACGGAAUACAAUUAUGGUGAUUUUUUUUUUUUUCUAUUGUGUUCAGUGCAUUUUUCAGCUGUGAAUGUUUUUGCUUUAAGAAAUUAUUCCUAAUUGGUAUGCCUUUUCAAAGACAUGGGAUAGCACUAAAACAUGCAUUUGCUAUAUAACCUUAAUGAAUGUAUUUAAUAUGACAGAACAGAUAAUGUGCCAUAUCUUGGAACUAGAGGACAGAUCAAAUUAAUACUAAAAAUCUACUUCCUUAGAAUUGAAAGAGCACAGAAUUAAAGGUUUCCUGAAGUAUUGCACUAAUGUAGAAAGCCUAGUUACUAACAAGAGAAUCGCCUUGGAGCUCGUGCUUUGAGUCUCACUCACACCUGAUAGGAAGAGGGGAACUCUGACACAACCUAACAGAAAACUUUAGCAUUAAGUCCACUGACAAUAAAACUGAAGUGGCUACUCAAGUGUUGCCAAUCUGUGGACCUGCCGUGUUACUGCAGAACGCUUCAGUACGAAUGCAUGAGGUUAAGAACACCAGGCUGCCUCCAGGAGUUUUGUGCUCACCUUGGUAUCUACCUAAAGCUUCUGAAGCAAAGUGAAAAGGGUUAAAGGUAAGCGUCUUUGAGUUUUAUGUGAUAGCUGGGCUUAACUCGUCUGACAUACUGGACUUUUACUUUCUAUACAUUUUAUGCUGCUAUUGAAGGUGAAACCACAGCUUGCUUUUACCUAAUUUAAAUUGAGCUAUAAGAAUAAUAUAUUCUGAGUUUUACAGAUUAUUUCAGGUCUCUCAGAUGGUGUCAAACGUUGGCAUUAUUUCACUGAUAUCCCUCAUACUGUGUAGCAUGAGCAGCUUUCAGGCUCGUUCUUAAGUGACACACAAAAAAGGUGACAGUGUCUGAUUGGCUGGAGGUGCAGGGGGGCACCUUCUCAUGAGCUAAGCUUGUGUCACUACUUCAGCAAUUUAAUAAUGGCUUUACUGUGUAAACAUUGGUGUGUGCAGCUGAAAUCUUGUGAGCUGGUGCAGUAAAAGCUAUCGUCAAGGAAGUUCCUGAGUUGGAGACUGAGGAUACAUUCAAAACUGCGGGUAGUACGAUAAAAUCUACAGCCACUUCUCCCCUAUCUUGGGGAUCACAGACCCUGAAAUGCGCAGAGACACUGAUCCAGCUAUCGGGAACUGCUGCUACCUGGAUACCAUGUGUGCUUACAGGCCAUGGUUUUCCAAACAGUGUAGGUUAACAUUGAAAAAAUAUUUUAAAAAUAUUUGAAAAAUUUAUAUUGGGUUCUCAAUAUAAUGUUUGAAUUGUUCCAUUUUACCUGCAAUUCCAAAAGCAAAACCAGAAACCCCUGUCUAUUGGCACAACUCAGGGAAGAAACAGGAACAAGAACAUAUCAGCCCUCAGGCAGCAGCAGGGCUCGGCCGUGUGACCCGUGGCAGCAGUGUCGCGGUGGCCAGUGUGCCUUCCUUCGUGGGCAGGGUGGGCUGCUCUCACUGAAAUGUGAUACUACAACUGUGCAAUAAGCUGGUAGUCGACAGUGGUUGGUAAUCAACGACCCCUUCUUUCCAAAGAGAACCGGGGAGCGGGGGGAGGGAGAGCACUGAUUUUAAAUCCAGAAAUCCUCCACCUGUAAGGCAAGGGGAGGAAGGAGGGACUAUCCCCAGCUGGAAAGUUGUCAGGUUUUUAUGCUGUAACUUCUACUUGCAUAUGAAAUGUGGGUAAAGUGUAUGUGCUGACCAAACAGUUUAAUUUUCACACAAAGAGGAGCUAAAAGUUACACAAAACUGGCUAAAUCAGGAACGUGCUAGUGGAUGAAGUAGCAAUGAAUUUUGCCUGUCUACUGGAUUCCAAACUUGAAAUCAGGUCUAUCUAACAAGAUAUUUUAUUAGAGAGUUGCUGUUCAUCAAAACUUAAUCUCUGGCAUUGCUCAGCAGUAGAUUCUCACAGAAACCAGUCUCAUCUGUCAGUUGUUCCUGACCUACCAGAACAGUAAGAGGCUUAUUUCAGUGGUCAAAUAGUAGAUUAUUAAAAUUAUGGUAUAUAAACAUACCGUUGCUUUAGUUCUUGAUUUUUUUCCACCUAUUUCACCAUUGCCAUGAAGUUUUGUCAUCACUUAUAAACGGAGCAGGCAGUUGUACAGCUUGCAGGGUUAGAGCAGCUGUGGACUUGAAAAGGGAAUCUCUUGGCAUCACGUGAGAGCCCGCAGCUGGCGGGUUUGGCCCCUUGAUUCCCAGGGCAGUGCCUGUGGCUGCCCAGCCUGCUGGGCUGCCAGGGGCAGGGCAGGGGCUGGCGAGGAAGGCGGAGGGUUCACAGGUGAGCUAAUGGUACAGGUGGUGGAAGUGAAGGAAGAUUACAAGACAUCAGUCUAAUCUGUUUUGUUUCUUCAGGGAUGAAUGUAUGAAAUGUGAUGCUUUUAUAAUGUGUUACUUACUAGAAUAUCCCCCUAAGAGGAAAUCACAAGGAAGUGCUGCAGUGAGCAGUGGUUAACUCAUCCAUCUCCCUGCAGAGGUGGAGUGGUCCUUUCUUGGUUAGUUUAAUGCUGUCUCUACUCAGCACUUACAUUUUUUUAAAGCAUACUAUGUCUGUCUUUGAAAUCCUCAAACUGUCUACUUCCACCCUAAGUUAACAACAAAACUAUUUAACUCUUUGUUCUAGGAGUCUCUUACUGUUCUCUUGUCAUUUUAAGAUCACUGUACUUUUACAGAGCUGUGAAAUGAAAUGGAUUUUUAUGGACUUGAUUUUGACAGUGCAUGAUCUUUUAACACUUUCCAGGUAUCUAGAAAAUGUUAAGAAGAUAAACCACUCUGGUACAUUAAUGAUUCAGAAAGAUAAAUUUAUAAUGAAAUCACUCUGUACAUGUAACUAUUUUAUUUGGCAUUUUUGUAUUUAAAUGGCUGUAUUUAUUUUCAUGUCAUGACAAUUUAUAUAUAACGUGCCAUAAUUGUACAGAUAGCAUGUUUUAUGAGUAUGGUUUCUAAAUGGAAAAUAACUUAAUGUUUAUAUUCAAUAAAAUUAUAGACUGUGUAACACAAUAUCUUAAUUAAAACUACUUUUGAAAUUGC